UCCGCAAUUAUCAACACAACAGACGCACAGUACAACGGUAUUUAUUAGUCAUACUGAUGAAUUGUGUGUACACGAAAUAGAUAGGACCUUUGUCAGAAAAUUCAGGGAUUCAGAUUCAGUGAUUAGAUUGAUUGAUAAGAAUGACUUCUAACAGUACUUGCGAUAUUGAGGAUGAAGUGAGGAAAGCUAUCAAAGAUUUUCGCUUCCGGAAGAGCCAGAAGAAUGCUGCGUUAAUACUCAAAGUCAAUCGCCAGGAGCAGAAAGUCUGUCUGGAUGAGUUAAUAGAGGACACACAAAUAGAAGACUUACAAGAGAUAAUUCCGAGUCACGAGCCCCGCUACAUAGUAUACAGCUACAAAAUGCAGCACAAGGACGGUCGAAUAUCCUUCCCCAUGUGUUUCAUCUUCUACACACCUCGAGAUAUUCAGAUGGAGCUGCAAGUUCUAUACGCAAGUAUGAAAUUAAUUCUCCAGAAAGAAGUUGAGUUGACUCGUUGUUACGAGGUACGUGAACUAGAGGAACUCACCGAGGAGUGGCUCAAAGAGAAAUUAGUUAGAUGAAUGAAUUAUCUAUCUGCAUUUGUGAUAUCUAAAUUCAUACGUUUUUUAUUACACAUUUAUAUUGUACUCGUGGAUUUGAUACUCAACACUUUUACAUGCUUUCUAUAACAAAAAUAAUUAGUCGUAGGCGUUCACAUGAUCAACGUUAUUUACAUGAGGAAAUCAUAGAACUGGUGUUUUUUAAAAAUACAUUUUGAUAUUUAAUAUUUACCAGUAUCAAAAUACAAAAUAUACAAGCCUCACUAUUCACAGACGAGAAUUGUGAAAUUGUUGGAGUUUUUGAUUGAUUAUGUGUACAGCAAGUACUGCCCGUUAAAUUAUUGUGAUUGAAUGAAAUUAAUUGAAGACUAGAGAUAAUUAUCGUAGUAUUAAUGAAUAAAUAAUUAUGUAUUAAACAUUGUUUGUCUUAUGAUAUAAAAUUACUAUUCCUCAAUUUAUUUUUGUGGAGUAUUCAAUUAAUGUUCAUGAAAGUAUAAUCUUUUUUUAGAUAAUUAAAUCUCCUAUAAUUGGCACUAUUUGGAGUUUUAAAGAAAAACUUGUGACAUUUUGUAAUAACUAUAUAAAGAUGAGAAUUAAAAGGAAA